AUGUCGACCAGAUCGUUGCGGCACAGGUCCAGCCGUUACUCGAGCCCGGCCACGUUUGGUGAAAAAGAGCCUCCUCCCAAGCCGGUCGAGGUUCACCACUUGAGAAAUGGUCAGCAGACCAGUUUGGACAAAUGGAUCGAGCCAAACGUGCGGACUGCGGUCCCAAGUUUUGAAGACACAAAAGGGCUGGAAAGGGUCGGCGUCUUAGAGAACAUGCAACCACUCGGGGUUCCUCCCUCCCACAGGUUGUUGCAGAAACUGAAAUUGAAUUACACUCGUCCUUCACCACGCGCUACCCCUGUCCAAACCGACGAAGUCUUCACCCCACUGCCUGAGCAAGAAAAGUUGGACUCGGCUUCACCCCUAGAACCUGAAAUAUUGCGAGGUCUUUCUCCUGAUCCUCCACGACACUCUGACACCAUUGUCAUUUCCAGUCCUCCGCGAGGUCGUCCAUCAAGAAGAGAGGUCGCUGAGAUGUCACAGGCUUCCAAUGUCUCGCCUUCUGGCGUCAGAUUGUCUUUCACCCCUAGCAAUCACACUUCGACCAAACCAGCCUCGAUACAGGAACACCUCCGGCAAGAUCGUAUCAACAGUCAUCUCGAACUGGCCCUUCAGGAAGCCCAGGAUAAGGGUACUCCGAAUCUCAUCCCUGGACUUGAAAAGCUACGUGAGGACGCCCAACUGAUUCCCGAGCUUUACAAUGUUAUCGAAGCUAUCAUCCAACAAUCACCAACCAACAAGCAAUUCAGAACAUUCAAACGCUACAUUAAAUCUGGUGUCAAGGACUUUCGCAGAGCCAGUCAAAGUCAAAUUUCUGAAGGUUCCCAUCAUCCUUCCUCACUUGCUGAGAUCAACAGCGCUUUUGCUUCCCCUCAAGACGUCCAUCUCCCCAGGUCCACACAUCAGCGAAUCACCUCUACUGGAUUUACCGAUGAAGGAAAUCGUCGAAUCGCUCUAUUUUUCGGCCAGAUGCGCAAAGAGCCCCCGAGCAAUCCUUUGGCAUCAGAGAUGUCUGUUUCACCUCUGAGGGGAUUGGCUAACGUCAACAUUGAUCCGGCCCUCACCACCUCGCAAUCUGAGGCCAACACUACUUCACCAAAUAAACGAAAAAGAUCUCUGAGUGCUGCAAGCGAAUCAUCACUAUCCUCAGCUCAGUCGAUUCCUGACGACUUUGUACCUACUCUUCAGCAAAAUGAUGGUCAAACAGGAAGUGGUCGCUCUAGAUCGAUGGGACAGCGCCAAGCCACACAUCGGGCUGGGAACAGGCUUCGAUCGGCUGGUGGUGGUAUCAACCACCAAUCUCUACCAAACAAGGGGGGCAUUCCACCGACCUCGAAAACGACGGCCAAAAAGUCGAAGAAGACACAGUCUGACCCAGAAUAUGAUAUUGAUGAGCUCUCUAGACGGAAGCGCAACUAUCUCCAAGACAGUUUCCACGAUUACAAUACCAUCCCUCGUCCAGAGAGCAGUGAACGAGAUAUCUCUCAUGGUCAUCCCGAGACUAUCCAACCGCCGGCCGAACAACCUCCGCCACCCGUCAUGCAUCCUAAUCGCCUGAUUUCAUUAGACCCAGCCCUGUCUUCCCCCGUGAGCUCUUACGCACCGCGCGAAAGUAUGCUCGCCAAUGGUACCGGGCGGAAAAGGAUGUAUGAUGAACUUGAUGCAGAUGGCAUCGAGCUCGCACCUUCUUUAUCACCUUCACCAUUGCUUGUGCCACCACCUCCCCCAGGAUUAGCAAACACCACCUCACGAGGGCUUACUCCUCGAGGUGCAAGAUUUCCACCCAUCACCAGAACGAGAAAGUCUGCACGAGUAAUGGUAUCGUAA